UUUCCCCCAAAAAUGAUGUUUAUUAAUCCACGUCAUGUUGACGUUGAUUGUUAUGACGAUGAAGAGGAUACCGAAAAAGGAAAGCAACGAGGACGACAGAGAAGUUCGAGGGAAAGGGAUGGAUUUGAAAAUGGAUAUUUACAACGUAUAACCCUAAUUCUUGUAUGUAUUUACUUGUUUAUUUCAAUAUGUUUGGCUCUCUUCUAUUAUCCUUUGUUCGUUUUUUGA